AUGCAUGAAAUUUUUGGAUUGCUCUCAAAAUGGACUAAGCAAAGUACUUGGUUCCAGAUAUUCCCAAACUUAGGAGCUGGAGGAGGAAAUGACAUUCAGUGGUGUUUUUCUCAGGUGAAAGGCGCUGUAGAUGAUGAUGUAGCAGAAGCGGAUAUAAUUUCUACAGUAGAAUUUAACCAUUCUGGAGAGCUGUUAGCAACAGGAGACAAAGGAGGUAGAGUUGUCAUCUUUCAACAGGAGCAGGAGAACAAAACCCAGUCUCACAGUAGGGGAGAAUACAAUGUUUACAGUACCUUUCAAAGCCAUGAACCAGAGUUUGACUACUUGAAAAGUUUAGAAAUUGAAGAGAAGAUCAACAAAAUUAGGUGGUUACCCCAGAAAAAUGCUGCUCAGUUUUUAUUGUCUACAAAUGAUAAAACAAUAAAGUUAUGGAAAAUCAGUGAAAGGGACAAAAGACCAGAGGGUUAUAAUUUAAAGGAAGAAGAUGGACGGUAUAGGGAUCCUACUACAGUUACAACACUACGGGUGCCAGUAUUCAGGCCCAUGGACCUCAUGGUUGAAGCUAGUCCACGAAGAAUAUUUGCCAAUGCUCACACGUAUCACAUCAAUUCCAUCUCCAUUAAUAGCGAUUAUGAAACGUACUUAUCUGCAGAUGACUUGCGGAUUAACCUGUGGCACCUAGAAAUUACAGACAGAAGUUUUAAUAUUGUAGAUAUUAAGCCUGCCAACAUGGAAGAGCUCACAGAGGUGAUAACAGCUGCAGAGUUCCACCCAAACAGCUGUAAUACAUUUGUAUACAGCAGCAGUAAAGGAACGAUUCGUCUCUGUGAUAUGAGAGCAUCAGCACUCUGUGACAGACACUCAAAAUUGUUUGAAGAACCAGAAGACCCUAGCAACAGAUCAUUUUUCUCUGAAAUCAUCUCUUCCAUAUCUGAUGUCAAAUUUAGCCAUAGUGGUCGAUAUAUGAUGACUAGAGAUUACCUGUCAGUGAAAAUCUGGGAUUUAAAUAUGGAAAACAGACCUGUGGAAACAUACCAGGUGCAUGAAUACCUCAGAAGUAAACUGUGUUCACUGUAUGAGAAUGAUUGCAUUUUUGACAAAUUUGAAUGCUGUUGGAAUGGAUCAGACAGCAUUGUCAUGACGGGAUCUUACAACAACUUCUUCAGAAUGUUUGACAGAAACACAAAGCGAGACAUCACCCUAGAGGCAUCCCGGGAAAACAAUAAACCCCGUACCGUUUUGAAGCCACGUAAAGUAUGCGCAAGCGGUAAGCGAAAGAAGGAUGAAAUCAGUGUUGACAGCCUAGACUUCAACAAGAAGAUUCUACACACAGCCUGGCAUCCUAAGGAAAACAUCAUUGCUGUAGCUACUACAAACAACUUGUAUAUAUUUCAAGACAAAAUGAAUUAGGGUUGGCAUUCCUAACUGAAGAGUCCACUUCCUGCAUAGUUGAAAUAGUUGAAUCUAGCAUUUGUACCUGUAAACGAGAGCGAAUGAGAGGUCCAUUAUGGCACCCCUUUCCAGUGUUUAAAAAUGUGCCAUAUGACAACACACUUUUAUAGCUACAUGGAGAAAGCUCUGUUGAUCCGUCACUGCGUUCUUCUCCAUGUCUGCUAGCCAUUUAGGUGAGGAUAGGGCACUUUUUAAUUUAAAUGACUACUUGCACCAUCUUGCCUAAUGGACUAGAUUGGACUGUAUCAACAUCGGUUUACUCCACUUUUUAUGCCUUCCAUUGUGAUGACGUCAAACACAGGGAAAGCCUUCAAUCAUGCUAUGGGAUUUAAUUGUGUAACCUCAUUACUGUAUCAUUCGUGGCCCCCUUUUUUUAUUAAAUACAGCUCAUUCUUGCUGUGGCUUGUAGCAUUCCUCCUCCUUCUGGCCUCCUGGACUCCCCCUUUCCCUUUCAUCCCCCUCCACCUAGCCUUGGUGGUGGUGUAUAGAAAAGAAAAAAAAAAAAACAAAAACAAAAUAAAGCACAUGAAGUGGGUCCGUUUGGGGUCAGUGGUAAAGGCGGUCUGUGUUGCAACAAAUGUUUUAAUAAACAGUUGACUGUAAUCACUCCUUGCCAUGUCUGGCACCAAAAAAGAGAAAAUAAGGAAAAAAACAAACAAACUACUGAAUAAAAGUGACAAAGAAUGGAGAAUCUGUUUUCUUUUUUUUAAUCUACCUCUUUAUACAAAUACUCUGUGUUUUACCUUAGAUGCAUGAAAAUAAAAUGAUGUUUUUUGUAAUGAUUUUAACCAGUAUUAAUUAUUUUUCAUGGGAAUGAAGAGAGGGAGGGAUUUCACAAGUAUCUGCAUUCAUUCAUGAAUGACAAGAAUACCAGCCGUAGUAUGUGUUGAGCACUUCCAUUUCAAAACCAUAAACUGCUGUCAGAUUUUGCCGUAAUCUGAACAGGUCUGUUAAUGUUCCAGUGUCCU